AUGGCUGCCAUAUUGCUACUUCUAGGGCUUUUGAUAACCAGCCUAGGAAAAUCAGCUACACAAUCGGUGGGCAUAUGCUAUGGACAAAUUGCCAAAGAUUUGCCACCUCCUGCUGAAGUUAUAGAUCUGUGUAAAGCAAAUGAUAUCGAGAGGUUUAUCGGAAAUGAAAUAAAGCCUAAUGAUACAAUAGCCCCAUAUGUUCUACCAGCCACGCUGGACAUUCGUGCUUCUCUUGCAUCAGAAGAAAUUAAGGUUUUAACGGCAAUAGACAUGACUUUGUUGGAAAGUUCAUACCCUCCAUCAACAGGCUCAUUUAGUGACGUUGCUACUUCAUACAUGAAUCAGAUUGUUGCCUUCUUGGCCACAACUGGAGCACCACUUCUUGCUAAUGUGUACUCAUAUUAUAGUUACAUGCAUAACACACAAACCAUCGACCGUAACUAUGCCUUAUUCACUUCACCAGGGGUUGUGGUACGAGAUGGCAACUUAGAAUACCAAAAUCUCUUUGUUGCAACCAUGGAUGCCCUCUACUCCGCUCUCAAGAAGGUCAGCGGAGCGAACAUGGGUGUCGUUAUAUCGGAGAGCGGUUCGUCAUUCCCAGGCGGUAUAGCAGCAGCGGUUGAGAAUGCAGGGACUUACUAUAGCAAUUUGAUUCGAUACUUCAAGAAUGGGACUCCCAAGAGGCUUGGAUAUUUAGAAACUUAUUUGUUUGCCAUGUUUAAUGAAAACCAAAAGGGCCCUGCAGAAUCUGAGAUAAAUUUUGGUCUCUUCUUCCCUAACAAGCAACCCAAGUACCAACUGACUAGUUUUACUUCGCAAAGCAAUUUGUUCCUUCCUUCAUGA